CGUGACACUCUGUGCGCAUGCUCACACGCUGCUGGGGCCACGCUAGCUGCCGCCGCGGCUCUAUGGUCUCUGCCUAGGGCUUGGCCGUUUAGUGUAGCAGCUGUAGUCCUGUGGUUUCCCGGCCCCGAGCGGCAGCGGCAUGGAAGAAUUCGAUUCCGAAGACUUCUCCACCUCGGAGGAAGACGAGGACUACGUGCCGUCGGGUGGAGAGUAUAGUGAAGAUGAUGUAAAUGAAUUAGUGAAGGAAGAUGAAGUGGAUGGUGAAGAACAGACACAGAAAACCAAAGGGAAAAAAAGAAAGGCUCAGAGCAUUCCUGCCAGGAAGAGAAAACAGAGCGGCCUCUUGUUAGGAGAGGAAGAGGAGGACGUCAAGGCAGAAUCUGGAGGAAGCAGCAGUGAGGAAGAUGAGGUAGAAGAGCAGGAGAAGGGCACUGGGUCAGAGGAUGCCCGGAAAAAGAAGGAGGAUGAACUCUGGGCCAGCUUCCUCAAUGACGUGGGGCCAAAAUCAAAAGUGCCCACAACUACACAGGCGAAGAUGGGAGAACAGGCUGAAGAGACAAGUUCAAGUAAAUUAUUGGUCAAAGCAGAAGAGCUAGAGAAAUCUAAAGAAGCAGAAAAGGUUAAAAUCACCAAGGUGUUUGAUUUUGCUGGUGAAGAAGUGAGGGUAACUAAGGAAGUAGAUGCUACAUCUAAAGAAGCCAAGUCCUUCUUCAAGCAAAAUGAGAAAGAAAAACCACAGGCUAAUGUCCCUUCAUCUGUGCCGUCACUCUCUGCUGGGUCAGGGGAAGAAAGGCCCCCAAAUUAUUCACAACAAAAAUAUCAAGAACAACAAAAAAGGGUAAAAAGGUCAAGUGGCAUGAGCAGCCUUUUGGGGAAAAUUGGAGCCAAGAAACAGAAAAUGAGCACCCUUGAGAAGUCCAAAUUGGACUGGGAGAGUUUCAAGGAGGAAGAAGGGAUUGGUGAAGAACUAGCUAUCCAUAAUCGAGGGAAAGAGGGGUACAUUGAACGGAAAGCUUUUCUAGAGCGUGUUGACCACAGGCAGUUUGAAAUUGAGCGAGAUCUCAGGCUGAGCAAAAUGAAACCUUGAUGUUCAGGGGAGAAUCAUUAACGGCUCUAUCCUGUUGACAAUGUGAGCUUUCUGUACAUCUGUGAAACUCUUCCAGUGUCCUCCUCCACUGUUGCCCAGCAGUCUUUUUUCUAUAUGAAGUUUUGUUUAUGUAUCUUGAUCUCACAUCGUUUCAUUCAUUUUAUUUUUAAAAUUUUGUCUUUAAAUAAGUAAAUAAAGUCAGUCCUCAACAAGGCUGGAGAAAAUAAAGACC